AUGCGAAAUGAUCCGAUAGAGGAUGCGUUGCCGCUAGAUAACGCUAAUGCCGGUCCAUCACAUAAUACUGAGCCCCAAGGAUAUGGGUUAGAUGAUGGUUCGAAUGCUCUCGAUAACCUGUGGGAUCUACGGGGCAAUACUUCGCUGCCCGAACUGGCCGAUCUAUGUCCGCCAUCUCCCAUGGUUGAGGCUGGUUUCGCGCAGCGGGACUCACAGUUUGACUUUCCAGCGUCUGGAGAUACGCCAACUGAUCUGUCUCGGUUCUUUUCCUUGAUAGGCUCGGUCGAUGGUGAGGAAGAUCACCGCGGCAGUGUGUAUCGAGACUUUUCACCGUCGGCCAUCGUGCGCAGUUACCCUCCCACAUCACAGCGAGCUCCACCACGGGACUUUAUGUCUAUCUCGCGUCCAUUGAAUAAUCCGUCAUGGACACUCAUUGAGUACUAUUUCAAGGAGGUCGCUGCAUUGUUUUCCAGCUACGACAGCCAGAUGAACCCGUUCCGCACCACUGUAUCUCGUUUAUGGGGCUCAUCAUUAGCCAUGUGCCGCACGAUGCAAAGCAUGGCGGCUGCAACCCUCGUGAAUGACUUUCCUCAGUUUGGCCCCAUGGGUCGAAAGAUGCGAGACGAGGCCGUCGACAUUAUCACCCGCGAAGCAGUCAUGGACGACAAGUCUCUGCUUGCCCUGCUCAUGCUCGGCCAGACUGCAAGUUGGCAUGAUCCGAAAGACCUAGGCAUAUCUUUCUUCAAUUUACUUCGCAAGCAGCUCAACUCCACAUCAUCCUCCUCGGACACACCAGCAUACGGUUUCGUCAAGAGCUGCAGUAACAACUACCGCUUCUUCGAAGAAGCUCUUAUCUACUGGGAAAUGCUUCUUUCGUUCGUGGCGGAUAAUGACUCUAUGGUGUUUUCCAACCCUCGCGCCUCAUCAGCAGGCGAACAACUCGUCCUGCAACGGGUCCCACAUCCAUGGACCGGCAUUGCCAAAGAUACCCAGUUCACCGUGCACGAAGUUGGCCGACUUGUUCGGCACGAGCGCAAACGCAUCCGCUCUAGAAUUUUCACCUCGCAAGACGACAUCACCCGCGCACAGAUGGCCAUUGAAAAAGCCCAGGAAUUAGAAGAACGCCUCUUAGGCCUGGCGCAUCCCAGCGAAGCAGAAAUCAUCAGCCCAGGGGAUGACGAAACCCCAGUCUGGCAUUUACUCACCAUGGCCGAGGUUUACCGCUGCACAGGCCUGAUGCAACUAUACCGCGUCUUUCCAGAUCUACUACGCAACCGACUUCCAACCCCCAGCACUGCACAAUUCUCCAACACAGCGUCAACAUCCCGCGAUCCGUUCUUCUCUAUCGAUCUAGACAGCAUGAACAUGUCCACGGGGUUCUGUGAUACAAAUCCUAGCACAACAACCAAUACCCAUUCAAACCAACACACCCACACCAAUACCCACACCUCACCUUCCCUCUCUUCCCCGCCGAAUAUCUACACAUCCCACCCAUCAUCCGACGAAAGAAACCCAGAGACACUGUACAACACCUGGCUCACCGAAUUCGCCGUAACAACAAUCUCCCGCCUAAAAACCAUCCCCCUCGAAUCCCGCACACGCUGUCUCCAACCCUUCCUCCUCGUCGCCUCCUGCAGCGAACUCCGCCUUCCACCCCCGUCCCAUAAUAUCCAGAGCGAUCAGGAUGGAAGUUGCAAUCAGGAUCAACCCAACGGCUCCACAGAGGCAUCAAACGUGUCCAUGGAAGCUAUUGAAGUCUCGCAAACGCGGCGCUUCAUUCUUGGCCGUUUGAUGUCCUUUUUACAUGUUCUUCCGCCGAAACCGAUUAACGUCUGCUUGAAACUUGUGCGGGAGGUGUGGAAAAGGAUGGAUUCUGGGGAGACGGAUGUUUAUUGGGUUGAUAUUAUGAUUGAGAAGGGGUGGGAGACUACUAUGGGGUGA